GGGCCCAACUCUCGCGAGAACUCUCUGGGGGCACCCUCGCACCUUCUCUGACUCCACGGGUAAUUGGGAGGAAGUUCCGGAGAGCCGCUGCGCGCAAACGCGACACGCCAACCUUGCGCCAGCGCGCCGCAAGUGCGCAGGCGCCGCCGCUCUGCUGCUCUUCCUCGUCCCUCUGCCUACAGCAGGCUGUCGGGUCCUAUGUCGCGCCGGGCCCUCCGGAGGCUGAGGGGGGAACAGCGCGGCCAGGAACCCCUAGGGCCCGACGCCUUGCAGUUUGUCCUCCUUGAUGACGAUGACGCGGAGGAAGAGGGACCAAAACAAGGGUUGGGUGGCCGGCGCCCCGGGGGCGCAGGGAAGGAAGGCGUCCGUGUCAACAACCGGUUCGAGCUGAUAAACAUCGAGGAUCUUGAGGAUGACCUUGUGGUAAAUGGGGAGAAGUCUGACUGUACCCUGCCGGACUCUGUGUCAUCAGGGAACAAAGGAAGGGCUCAGCGUGGAAACCCAGAGACAAAGCAAGAUGGGGAUGUGGCCAAGGCAGGGUUCCCAGAACAGUCUAAUGCAAGUGGCAAACUCCGAAAGAAGAAAAAGAAGCAGAAAAAUAAGAAAAGCUGCACAGGAGAAUCCUCGGAAAAUGGGCUAGAAGAUAUUGAUCGCAUCUUAGAGAGGAUUGAAGACAGCAGUGGGGUCAGCCACCCAGGCCCCCCUCCACUGAAUUCCAGGAAGCACGUCCUCUAUGUGGAACACAGACACUUGAAUCCAGAUACAGAACUGAAAAGGUAUUUUGGUGCUCGAGCGGUCCUGGGAGAACAAAGGCCUCGACAAAGACAGCGUGUAUAUCCCAAGUGUACAUGGCUGACAACCCCUAAAAGCACUUGGCCCCGAUACAGCAAACCAGGUCUGUCAAUGCGGCUGCUGGAAUCCAAGAAAGGCCUUUCUUUCUUUGCAUUUGAGCACAAUGAGGAGUACCAGCAAGCACAGCACAAGUUCCUGGUGGCUGUGGAGUCCAUGGAGCCAAACAACAUUGUGGUUCUGCUCCAGACAAGUCCCUAUCAUGUUGACUCACUUCUGCAGCUCAGUGACGCCUGCCGCUUUCAGGAGGAUCAAGAGAUGGCUCGAGACCUUAUAGAGAGAGCACUGUACAGCAUGGAGUGUGCAUUCCAUCCCCUGUUCAGCCUCACCAGUGGGACUUGCAGGCUGGAUUACCGCAGACCUGAGAACAGGAGCUUCUACCUGGCCCUCUACAAGCAGAUGAGUUUCUUGGAGAAGCGAGGAUGCCCACGUACUGCACUGGAGUACUGCAAGCUCAUCCUGAGCCUUGAGCCAGAUGAGGACCCCCUGUGCAUGCUGCUGCUUAUUGACCACCUGGCCUUACGGGCCCGGAACUAUGAGUACCUGAUCCGCCUCUUCCAGGAGUGGGAGGCUCAUCGGAACCUAUCCCAGCUCCCAAAUUUUGCCUUCUCAGUUCCAUUGGCAUAUUUCCUUCUGAGUCAGCAAACAGACUUACCUGAGCAUGAGCUCACCUCUGCCAGGCAACAGGCUUCCCUCCUGAUACAGCAGGCGCUCACUAUGUUCCCUGGAGCUCUUAUGCCAUUGCUGGAGUAUUGCAGUGUGCGGCCUGAUGCAACAGUCUCAGAUCACCGCUUCUUUGGGCCAGAUGCUGAGAUAAGCCAGCCCCCUGCCCUGAGCCAGCUGGUGAGUCUGUACCUUGGGAGGUCACACUUUCUUUGGAAAGAACCCGCCAUUAUGAGCUGGCUGGAGGAAAACGUCCGUGAGGUUCUGCAAGCAGUGGAUGCUGGGGACCCUGCUGUGGAGGCCUGUGAGAAUAGGCGGAAGGUGCUGUACCAGCGUGCACCCAGAAACAUCCACCGCCAUGUGAUACUCUCUGAGAUCAAGGAGGCUGUUGCUGCCCUACCCUCGGAUGUGACCACACAGUCUGUGAUGGGGUUUGAUCCUCUGCCUCCCCUGGACACCAUCUACUCUUACGUCCGACCAGAAAGGCUGAGUCCAGUCAGCCAUGGAAACACAAUCGCCCUCUUCUUCCGAUCAUUAUUGCCAAAUUACACCACAGAGCAGCUGUAAGUCCAUCCAGAUGAGGAUGUGAUAUCUGGAGCUGCAGCAGCUAUUCUACAACCACGAGGCAAUGAACUCCAAAAUGAAGAGCCAGUGUACUAGGAACAGUGAAGCAGAGGAUGCCCUAGGCCUUCGGGGGACUUCCCACCUCCAGGCCUGUAUCCUGAGAGGCCAUUAAAUGAUUGGCUUCAGAAGUGUUGCUCAGACUUAAGUAAUUUUCAACUGAAUACAUUUCUAAUGGUGAUAAAUAAAAACCAGUCACUCACGUCA